CUAUUUCUAUGAGUCUCUUUCUGUUUUGUAGGUAGGUUCGUUUGUGCCAUGUUUUAGAUUCACACCUAAGUGUGAAUCAGCUGUCUCUGAAGAAUGGUUUCUGAUUAUAUCUCAUUAGCCACCGAGCUGUUCAAGGGGGUCUAGGAAAUUCAUAUUUUUUGGCUUCGUUACUUUCCCACCUCAGCAAUGUAAGAAUUCUGGAAGUACAGAAAUGGAAAAAUUGUACUUUUUGCCCUAAGACCCAAAUUUCCUGACCCUAAAUCCAAAGUUCUGUCCACUACCUGCACUGCCUGUGGUGACCACGGACAGAAUGUCCCAAACUCCUGACCACUACCGUAUCCCCUGACUCUAACACAGAGUCAGGGCUACACUGAACGGUCCAACAUCCAGAGUGUCCCACUGCCCAAGCGUUGGUGCUGUGCCAGGGACCCAGGAGAAUAUCACAGGGCCAACUAAGUCCUGACCCCAUUACCUCCUCUCUAAGAGGUGCUGUCUACGCUGCUCGAAUGAACUCAACCCUCUACUCCUCCUAGGGCUGUGCAGAACCAGGCACAUGUCUUUGCUUCCACUGUAGGAAUGUGACAGGGUGUUGUAGGGGAAGUAAGAGGCCGUUAUGUUCUGCUCUAGACAGAACUGUGUUUCCGAAUGGUACGCUAUCAGUUAAGUUACAUAGUAAAUUGUAUGCAGGAAUCAGAGCAGAGCAAUGACAGUCAGUUGCAUAUAUGUUUAUUAAUUCCCCAGAGAUCGGGGCAAUUUCUGCCCCCUUGAUACAAACUUUUAUUCCCUGUCAGGGAAGACAAGUGUCCCAGUUUUCCCUGGUGCAGUUAACAAAGAGCCCAUGUAACCAGCCAUGGGGAAGGAGCUUGAGAGAGCAGCAUGGGGCCACUUCCCCUUCGAGACCAAAAUAGUUUGGGGCUCCCACUGGAAACUGUGCUGCUGAUGGCAGGACAGUGUGACAGGGUCAUUCGUCCCACCAGCUUCCUCUUUCCCCAUUUCCAAAUUUCUCCCUGUGACAUUUCAAGCUACAAGGCUCCCAUCUCAGAACUUUGACUUUGAAUGUCUUUUCAUAUCGGCCUUAAAGAAGAUGGUGUCAUCAGUGACCUUUUUAAAAGACCACGGGGGCUUAAUUAAAAACUAAACUUGGCCACUUAAUUCAGAUGAUCCUGUCGACUCCUGGGUGCUGAAGUGAACUCAGCCUUGUCAGUUUGCAGCAAGCUGCUGGCACUGCCCUUUGGUGCCCCCACACUGUGAAGCUGCAGGGUGGCAGGCAGGCUCUGGCCCAGGCCUAAGGACCGCCAUGCCCCCUUGGUGAGAGAGAGAGAGAGAGAGAUGGGGCCACUGGGAGCCAAGGGGCUCUGCGGGAGAGGGGAGGAGCCCACUGGAGCCUGAGGCAUCUGUGCCAGGAAGGCCUGGCAAAGGAAGAGAUGGGUGACCACGUGGGCUUCCGUGAUGAGCUGGGCCUCCAGAAGAGAGGAUGCUGUCUGGUGCUGGGCUACAUGGCCAAGGACAAGUUUCGGAGAAUGAAUGAAGGUCAAGUGUACUCCUUCAGCCAGCAGCCCCAGGACCAGGCCGUGGUGUCAGGGCAGCCGGUGACCCUGCUGUGCGCCAUCCCCGAAUAUGAUGGCUUCGUUCUGUGGAUCAAAGAUGGCUUGGCUCUGGGCGUGGGAAGGGACCUCUCAAGUUACCCGCAGUACCUGGUGGUAGGGAACCACUUGUCGGGGGAACAUCACCUGAAGAUCCUGCGGGCAGAGCUGCAGGAUGAUGCUGUGUACGAGUGCCAGGCCAUCCAGGCUGCCAUCCGUUCCCGCCCCGCACGCCUCACCGUCCUAGUGCCGCCAGACGACCCCGUCAUCCUGGGGGGGCCUGUCAUCAGCCUGCGGGCCGGGGACCCCCUCAACCUCACUUGCCAUGCAGACAACGCCAAGCCUGCAGCCUCCAUCAUCUGGUUGAGGAAGGGAGAGGUCAUCAACGGGGCCACCUACUCCAAGACCCUGCUUCGCGAUGGCAAGCGCGAGAGCAUCGUGAGUACCCUCUUCAUCUCCCCCGGCGACGUGGAGAACGGGCAGAGCAUUGUGUGCCGAGCCACCAACAAGGCCAUCCCCGGCGGGAAGGAGACCUCCGUCACCAUCGACAUCCAGCACCCCCCGCUUGUCAACCUGUCGGUGGAGCCACAGCCGGUGCUAGAGGACAACGUCGUCACGUUUCACUGCUCUGCAAAGGCCAACCCCGCUGUCACACAGUACAGGUGGGCCAAGCGGGGCCAGAUCAUCAAGGAGGCGUCCGGCGAGGUGUACCGGACCACCGUGGACUACACGUACUUCUCAGAGCCCGUCUCCUGCGAGGUGACCAACGCCCUGGGCAGCACCAACAUCAGCCGCACGGUGGACGUCUACUUCGGGCCCAGGAUGACCACAGAGCCCCAGUCGCUGCUCGUGGAUCUGGGCUCUGAUGCUGUCUUCAGCUGUGCCUGGACAGGCAACCCAUCCCUGACCAUCGUCUGGAUGAAGCGGGGCUCCGGCGUGGUCCUGAGCAAUGAGAAGACUUUGACUCUCAAAACCGUCCGCCAAGAGGACGCGGGGAAGUAUGUGUGCCGAGCCGUGGUGCCCCGCGUGGGGGCUGGGGAGCGAGAAGUGACCCUGACUGUCAAUGGACCCCCCAUCAUCUCCAGCACCCAGACCCAGCAUGCCCUCCACGGGGAGAAGGGCCAGAUCAAGUGCUUCAUCCGGAGCACACCACCACCUGACCGCAUCGCCUGGUCCUGGAAGGAGAAUGUGCUGGAGUCGGGGACGUCAGGGCGCUACACGGUGGAGACAGUCAGCACCGAGGAGGGUGUCAUCUCCACGCUGACCAUCAGCAACAUCGUGCGAGCGGACUUCCAGACCAUCUACAACUGCACCGCCUGGAACAGCUUCGGCUCCGACACGGAGAUCAUCCGACUCAAAGAGCAAGGUUCGGAAAUGAAGUCGGGAGCCGGGCUGGAAGCAGAGUCCGUGCCGAUGGCCGUCAUCAUUGGGGUGGCCGUAGGAGCUGGCGUGGCCUUCCUCGUCCUUCUGGCAACUAUUGUGGCCUUCUGCUGUGCCCGCUCCCAGAGAAGUACGGGAGGGAGAGCCGGGAGCUCAGGGAGGGGGACAGAGAAAAAGGCCAGGCUUAGACUGCCCCGGAGAGCAAAUCUCAAAGGCGUUGUGUCAGCCAAGAAUGAUAUCCGGGUGGAGAUUGUCCACAAGGAGCCUGCCUCUGGCCGGGAGGCUGAGGAACACCCCACCAUCAAGCAGCUGAUGAUGGACCGGGGCGAAUUCCAACAAGAUUCAGUCCUGAAGCAGCUGGAGGUGCUCAAAGAAGAGGAAAAGGAGUUUCAGAACCUGAAGGACCCCACCAAUGGCUACUACAGCGUCAACACCUUCAAGGAGCACCACUCGACCCCCACCAUCUCGCUGUCCAGCUGCCAGCCAGACCUGCGCCCAGCGGGCAAGCAGCGGGUGCCCACGGGCAUGUCCUUCACCAACAUCUACAGCACGCUGAGCGGCCAGGGCCGCCUCUACGACUACGGGCAGAGGUUCGUGCUGGGCAUGGGCAGCUCGUCCAUCGAGCUCUGCGAGCGGGAGUUCCAGAGGGGCUCGCUCAGCGACAGCAGCUCCUUCCUGGACACGCAGUGUGACAGCAGCGUCAGCAGCAGCGGCAAGCAGGACGGCUACGUGCAGUUCGACAAGGCGAGCAAGGCCUCGGCCUCCUCCUCCCACCAUUCCCAGUCCUCGUCCCAGAACUCCGACCCCAGCCGGCCCCUGCAGCGGCGGAUGCAGACUCACGUCUGAGGAUCCCAGACCUUGGGCGAGGGAGGGUCGGGAAGGGGCCAAGGGCGCUGGCUGGCUCUGCAGAGACUUAGCGGAGGACCCCAAAACCAGCCGCCUCCAGGACAGCCCCGAGGGCCUCUGCCACCACCCUCCUCCGCAGCUGCGAUCGAUCGGCACAAAUAUGGGCCCAGCUGCAGCGUGUCCGGGGCGUGAGAGCGGGGCUGUGGUCAGAAGCUGCUGCUGAGCGCAGAAGGCUCCGCGCGGGACGCUCCGGCCCCGGCCCUUUCCUGGAGGCCUUUCCUCCGCUUGCAACUCCCGCGGGCACUAGAGUGGCUCUAACUCUGCUGUAAUGAAACUGCCCUCCAUGCGCCGGGCUCCCAAUGAGCUUACCCCUUGCUGCCCAUAAGCCCCACCCCUGUGCCUGUGCUCCUGUACAGCCCUGGGGAGCGGGGGUCAAGCGCUUCCCCGGCACUGAGCUAGCUGCCCCAGAGCCCCCAGCGCCCCCUGCUGCUCACAGCCCGGACCCACAGGCUGAGAAGCCAGAUACGGCCCUGCCACCACACCGGCCCAGAGCCCAUCCCCAAUUCGUUUGGUGUUUUGUGUCCAUACUCUUGCAAUUCUGUCCUUGGACUGGAGGCCUCUCAACUCUGAGGUGGGACUGGACCAAUCAGAGACUGGUGUCUGGGAGGGAGAGGGAGGGAAGGAGGGGGAGUGCGACACUCGGGGACCCUUCUCCACCCUGUGCAGCUCAGAGCUUCCCCACCCAUCCCCCUUCGUGUACUCCCCGCCUCCCCUCAGCACAUUCGGAGACAAUACAAGGAGUGUGAGAGCUUC